UAAAGUCAAUGAAAAAAAAUAUACACAGUAAUAAUAUUUUCGGUGUUUGCCCAGCAUCUCGGUUUUAUUGCAAUGUGCACAAUGUGCUGUAUAAACGCACGGCCUGAAAUUUAUUUUCAAACAGUUCAUAACAAAUUGUCAAUCAAUCUAAGCAAGAUGUUUAAAAUUACGGACUCGCCGCUUACAUUUUUGGGGAUAUUCAGCCUCGCAUUAGCUGUAUUUGGGGUUCAAAGCAAAACAAUAUCCGCGGUUCGACCAUUCGCAGAUUUAGUCGAAAAUUCAGAAGUAAAUGACGCGCCGACCCGUGCACGACGCAGUUAUUUUUGGGUGGAAGAUGGCUCGGAUAAAGUCACUAUUGUGGAAAAUAAACAUUUACGGCGCACCUUAGAAGAGUAUCGCCGCAACGUGCAUGGUGAAGAGAAGCAACGUGACGAGAGAUAUCGGUCACAAUACGAGGAGCGUCGUCAAGAGUACGGUGAGGAUGAAGAGGUGCAAGAACAUACGCCUUUGUUUGUGCCAAACCUUUUUGGUUGAAUAAAUGCAAUAACAAUUUUAUAUAUUGUCAUAGAUAUAACUAUUUCACU